AUGUCGACCCCGAUGAUGUCCCCUCCGCUUCUCACGACAACUCGUACAUUUGAAGACACUGGGUCCUACGGACGACAUAAUAUACCGGUCUCUACGACUUGUUAUCCAUUCACCCAGGAGUACUCGACCGGCGUGCUCCCGCUCGCGAGCGAAGCAGCCUACGCCCAUUCACCACCAGGCUAUCCUGCCCCGAAUCAAGAAGAUCUAUCCAACCUGAACGGCCUGUGUUGGACAGCAGAGCUCGAUCAGCUGGGCGAUCCGGGUCUUCUAAGCCCUGACUGGGAGAUUGACGCGCACGACGAAUCCAUACCCUCCCAGCCCGCAGCCACCAUAUCUACAUCAACCUACGCAGCCUCUCUCCCAGAGGAAAAGAAGAAUAACAUCCCAAAGGCAUACCCAUCCCCAAUCAACACAUUUCCCUCUUCCGCGCAGUACCCUGUAUACCUCAGCCUCCUCCACAGCAUCGACCACACGAUCCAGUUCUCGCAGGCCUGCAAGUCUCCCAGCGCGAUAUCAGAACACAUGUCCCUGUCCAUGUCGAUGUCAAUGUCCACAACACCCACGCUAGAUUCCACCCUCGUCGCCAGCCAGCGAUACCUCACAACUCUGCUCCAGAUCACCGAGAGCCCCGGCUUCACGCAGCCCUACAACGAGGAACACCUGCUCUUCUCGGUGGCGCUGGACAAGAUGAUACUCCUGUUAAGUCUUGGCUACGCGGAGUUCAGGCGGAGGAUGGAGAUAUACAAGACCAUGGGGAUGGGGAUGGGGUGGGCCCGGUACGGCGCGUUUGAGAUGGAUGUUGUGGAGCAGAUGGCGCUUUGCCGGAGGGUUUUUGUCGAAGAGGUUAAACGGGCGAGGGUUUGCUUGGGGAGAUUGGUGGAGGCGAUGGGGUAUAUCUCGAUUCCUGCGUCUGGAUCUGUGUCUGUUUCUAUGUCUGUGUCUGUGUCUGUGUCUUCGUCGCCUGGGAGACAUGAGGGGCUGUGUGAGGAGAUGAGGAGGAGGCUUGAGGGUUUGCUGGAUGAGCUUGAACGGGACCAGAGUAUUCAGGGUGUGCAUUUGGUUGGGUGA